AGAGCCGUGUUUCCCUUGGCUAUGGAAACUCUAUAAAGAGAGAGCUGGCUUCCCUUCUCUCAAGCAGUCAGCAACAAGAGUCUCAUUCUUGACACUUCAGCCUCCACAGGAUUGAGAGAAGAAAACACUUUACUGGGGCUGACCCCACUCACUGGCUGCCAUGCAGCAGCCCUUGAAUUACCCCUACCCCCAAAUCUAUUGGGUGGACAGCAGUGCCAGCUCUCCCUGGGCUCCUCCAGGGUCAGUGUUCCCUUGUCCAUCCUCUGUGCCUGGAAUGACUGGUCAAAGGAGGCCUCCACCACCACCACCACCACCACCACCACCACCACCUCCACCACUGCCUCCAUUGCCCCCACUGCCAGCACCACCUCUGAAGAAGAGGAGGGACCACAGCACAGGCUUAUGGCUUCUGGUGAUGUUUUUCAUGGUUCUGGUGACCCUGGUUGGAUUGGGACUGGGAAUGUAUCAACUCUUCCACCUACAGAAGGAGCUGGCAGAACUCCGUGAGUCCACCAACCAAAGGCGUACAGUAUCAUCUUUGGAGAAGCAAAUAGGACACCCCAGUCCACCCUCUGAAAUAAAGGAGCUGAGGAAAGUGGCCCAUUUAACAGGCAAACCCAACUCCAGGUCCAUCCCCCUGGAAUGGGAAGACACCUAUGGAAAUGCCCUGAUUUCUGGAGUGAAGUAUAAGCAGGGCAGCCUUGUAAUUAAUGACACUGGGCUAUACUUUGUGUAUUCCAAAGUAUAUUUCCGGGGUCAAGCCUGCAACAACCAGCCCCUGAAUCACAAGGUCUUCAAGAGGAACUCUAAUUAUCCCCAGGAUCUGGUGCUGAUGGAGGGGAAGAUGAUGAACUAUUGCACUACUGGCCAGAUGUGGGCCCGCAGCAGCUACCUGGGGGCAGUGUUCAGUCUCACCAGUGCUGACCAUUUGUAUGUCAAUGUCUCUGAGCUCUCUCUGGUCAAUUUUGAGGAAUCUAAGACAUUUUUUGGCUUAUAUAAGCUCUAAGUAAAGCACUUUAGGGUUCUCUCCUUUAUGGUUCCUUGUUAUAGACACUGAGAAUAGUGUCUUGAAUGAAGGUCUUCUUAAGCCUGAUUGAAGUCGAGGGAGAAGAUAUGAACCACAAAGACCUGAGAUCACAGGGUCUA